AUGGAAAUAAAGCAUUUACGAGGCGAUAUAUACGAAUCUCUAAAGGCCAUAGCCACCCAAAGAACCACGCAAAUUAUAGACGCAGGGAAAGAUUAUAUUCCCGUAACAGGAAAAGUAUUGGAUGCCGAAGACCUAUUGUACGGCGUGGAUUCGGUAUUGGAUGGAUGGUUAACCACCGGACGGUUUGGGAUAGAAUUUGAAGAGAAAUUCGCUCAAUAUUUUGGAUCUCAAGCUUCGUUAUUGGUCAAUUCAGGCUCAUCGGCCAAUCUUACGGCAUUUUACGCCUUAACAUCACCCAAAUUGGGUGAAAGACAAUUGAAACCUGGCGAUGAAAUCAUAACCGUAGCCGCAGGGUUUCCCACUACCGUGAAUCCCAUGAUUCAAUACGGUUGUGUGCCUGUGUUUAUCGAUGUAGACAUUCCUACCUAUAAUAUCAAAGCUGAAUUAAUAGAGCAAGCCAUAAGCCCCAAAACCAAAGCCAUAAUGAUUGCCCAUGCUUUGGGAAAUCCUUUUAAUUUGGAAGUGGUUACCGCUAUUGCAAAAAAAUACAAUUUAUGGUUGAUAGAAGACGAUUGUGAUUCUUUAGGGGCUACCUAUAAUGGUCAAAAAACAGGCACCUUUGGCGAUUUGGCCACCGUGUCAUUUUAUCCCGCCCAUCAUAUUACCAUGGGAGAAGGGGGUGCGGUAUUGGUUAACAAUAUCAAACUUUACAUGAUAGCCAAGAGCUUUAGAGAUUGGGGUAGAGAUUGUUAUUGCGAACCAGGCUGUGAUAACACCUGUAAAAAACGUUUCGAUUGGUCUUUGGGCGAUUUACCCCAUGGUUACGACCACAAAUACACCUAUUCUCAUAUUGGGUUUAAUUUGAAAGUAACCGAUAUGCAAGCCGCCAUUGGCUUAAAUCAAUUGAAAAAAGCCGAUGUGUUUGUUCAAAGACGUCGAGAAAAUCACGCCAUGUUUAUACCCCAAACAUAG